CAGUGAUGCACAGACGCAGUGAGAGUGACGCAGUGACCGUGAAGUAGCAGCGGCUUUUCUCUCCAGCACAAACAGCGCGGAGGUGCGUUUGUGACCAUGGGAAACCCCAGAGUUUUCUUCGACAUCACUGUUGACGGCGCCAGCAUCGGCAGGAUUAUCAUGGAGCUGCGGGCUGAUGUUGUCCCAAAGACGGCAGAAAACUUCCGUGCUCUGUGCACCGGAGAGAAAGGCUUUGGCUACAAGGGCUCCACGUUUCACCGCAUCAUCCCCAAGUUCAUGUGCCAGGGCGGAGACUUUACCAACCAUAACGGCACCGGGGGCAAAUCCAUCUACGGGGAGAAGUUUGCCGACGAGAACUUCCAGCUGAAACACGUGGGCUCCGGGAUUCUGUCCAUGGCUAACGCUGGGCCCAACACCAACGGCUCACAGUUCUUCAUCUGCACAGAUACCACUGACUGGCUAAACGGGAAGCAUGUGGUGUUUGGCAGCGUGGUGGAGGGCAGUGAUGUUGUCAAGGCGAUGGAGAAGCAAGGCACAAAGAACGGAACUCCUAAAGUCAAGGUUGUCAUUGCAGACAGCGGUGAACUCAAAUAGAUGAAUCCUUACAUCUUCCCACUUUAUCUCUGACUCAGUCCAUAUCUGUGUUAUCAGUAGAAAACAAAGUCUUACUCCUCGGAUUUUUGCCUACAGUUCAUUCAGUGUCAUAUUUUGUAUAAACAGAAUUUAACUUAACUUAAUAAUAAAGAAGAUUCAUCUCUG